AUGACCUCUCAGAAAUCGAGCAAGAUCCCAGCCGCCCCAGAUUCCCCAGCCGCAGAAGCCCCAGCCGCAGGAGCCCCAGCCGCAGGAGCCCCAGCCGCCGCCCAUGUCCCACCUGGGGAGGAUCAAAAGCUGCCAGAGCCUACACAAACAGCUGAAGAACUAGAAUUUUAUGCCCCGAAUUACAUAUGUCUGACCAUCCUGGCCACAAUUUGUUUCUUUCCCCUAGGAUGUCUAGCUAUAUACUUCAGUCGAAAGACCACGAAGGCUAACAAGAAAAGCAAUUGGGAAGAAGCUUACAUCAACUCAGGCCGAACUGGCUGGAUGGAUGUAUUUGCCAUACUCAUCGGUUUAGGCAUCCUUUAUUACUAUGCUCUGUUUUUAUGA